AUGCCAGGCAAAACAAAACAGGGAAGACAACGGUGCUGGGCUAGUCGAGGGGUUAAACAUAGUUCAUGUACCAGUGUUGCGAUAUCGCUGCUACUCCGGAAAGGGCGAACAGAUCCCUGCAACCACUGCGAAUUACGAUCUACAGCUUAUUCCCCUUGGACUCAGAUCUCUUCUCAGCCUGCAUUUCAUGGUCGGAACUGGGGGAGGAGAUGUUCACGAUCUCAUUAUUGGAAGUUGUCAUGGACCACCACUACCACUACCAACAAGACCAGGAACUUUAAUCCCGGCCAGACCAGAAGGAUUGCAUGCCAAUCAAGCCCGGGCGACGCCAACGUGGGGGGUUCCUCUCUGAGUGAAUCUGGCGCCGGCAAGACUCUAAUGAGAUGGCCCGGGACAUAG